AUGGUAGUAGGACUUAACUACUUAAUCGGAGUACUCGGAGCACCGCUUUUAUGGGAGGACUCAGCAAACCAGUUCCUGCGUCUCAAAAGACACGUAUAUUUGCAAGAUUACUGGGACCCAGAUAGUAGCCCAAAUGCUUGGGGGAAAGCAUUGGCUGAUCAGGCUCAUGACACAUGGCGUGCUUUGAAAACAACUGCACAGUACUAUUUGGAUGUGAAAACCUUCACAUUUGACAUAUCCACUGUCCAAUAA